ACAAUGAGACUAGAGUUUGUGCUGACAUCAGCAGCUCUGAACUACAGCAUUACCUGGACAGUGGAAAUAAAACUGAGGAGCUGUGCCAUUUUGACAUUGAACAAUAUGCCUGUUCAUCGCUCCUUCAUUUCACUGCGGAAAACCUUGUCAGUCUGUUGAAAUGCAAACUGCCCAGCAACAUGACCUACUCAAAAGAAACCUGGAAGGUGUUCCUCACUAAAGCCUCUGGAGUCCUGAAUGAAGCUCUGAAUAUUUUCUCUAACAUGUCAUUCCACAUCACCAGUCCUUCCACGUCCCAUUUUCUGGAAAUACUUGGAGAAAUCAGAAUUGACAGAUUCAGUGAAGUACAGCUGGCAGAUGCAGAGUUCAUCAACAAGUGGUUCCGUGGAUAUCUAAGACCAUUUUUGUCGUCUGUGUCUGGAGAGUUUUUGCACUGUCUCAACACCAAGAACUUCAGCUGUGAGACUUACCAACAAGUGAUGAAGGAGUUCACCUUUCAGUUUCCUCGAAUGGAGCAAAUGAAGCAGGAGUUGGUGUCCGAAAACUUCAUCAUUCCUCUCUUAUCACGGAACACUUCAGAUCCUGCCUGUGUCUCCAGUACUAAUGGAAGUGUGGACUGGCUGCGCAAGAACUUUGGACCAUUUUCACUCCUUGUGCCCCUUAAAACCCUGCUGGCAUUAAAUCAAGACUUAUCCCCUCUGGAAGCCCUGCCUGUUCUUUCAACAAAGCAGAUUGCUGAGCUGGUUGUGUUUCCACAAACUGGACCUCCACAGAAAGAUGUCAUUAUCAACACAGUGUUUGACCACUUGCAGGAAUCACCAGAUAAGAGGACUUUCAAGGAGUUCCUGCAUUACCUCAUCCUGUUUUCAACAGAGAUGAUUAUCAACUGUGACUCCUACAAAACAAUAUUCAGUAAGCUUUACCAGGCAUUGCCACUGGGACCACAGGAGUUAGAGCCAGACAUUUGGGCCAGUAUAAAUGAACUCAUGAAAACUGCUCCAGAAGAUUGCAUGCCUGAUGUUACUGGGUGCUCAGUGACUCCACACAAUGAGAGUAGAGUUUGUGCUGAUAUCAGCAGUACUGAACUACAGCAUUACCUGGACAGUGGAAAUAAAACUGAGGAGCUGUGCCAUUUUGACAUUGAACAAUAUGCCUGUUCAUCACUCCUUCAUUUCACUGCGGAAAACCUUGUCAGUCUGUUGAAAUGCAAACUGCCCAGCAACAUGACCUACUCAAAAGAAACCUGGAAGGUGUUCCUCACUAAAGCCUCUGGAGUCCUGAAUGAAGCUCUGAAUAUCUUCUCUAACAUGUCAUUCCACAUCACCAGCCCUUCCACGUCCCAUUUUCUGGAAAUACUUGGAGAAAUCAGAAUUGACAGAUUCAGUGAAGUACAGCUGGCAGAUGCAGAUUUCAUCAACAAGUGGUUCCAUGGAUAUCUAAGACCAUUUUUGUCAUCUGUGUCUGGAGAGUUUUUGCACUGUCUCAACACCAAGAACUUCAGCUGUGAGACUUACCAACAAGUGAUGAAGGAGUUCACCUUUCAGUUUCCUCGAAUGGAGCAAAUGAAGCAGGAGUUGGUGUCCGAAAACUUCAUCAUUCCUCUCUUAUCACGGAACACUUCAGAUCCUGCCUGUGUCUCCAGUACUAAUGGAAGUGUGGACUGGCUGCGCAAGAACUUUGGACCAUUUUCACUCCUUGUGCCCCUUAAAACCCUGCUGGCAUUAAAUCAAGACUUAUCCCCUCUGGAAGCCCUGCCUGUUCUUUCAACAAAGCAGAUUGCUGAGCUGGUUGUGUUUCCACAAACUGGACCUCCACAGAAAGAUAUCAUUAUCAACACAGUGUUUGACCACUUGCAGGAAUCACCAGAUAAGAGGACUUUCAAGGAGUUCCUGCAUUACCUCAUCCUGUUUUCAACAGAGACAAUUAUUAACUGUGACUCCUACAAAACAAUAUUCAGUAAGCUUUACCAGGCAUUGCCACUGGGACCACAGGAGUUAGAGCCAGACAUUUGGGCCAGUAUAAAUGAACUCAUGAAAACUGCUCCAGAAGACUGCAUUCCUGAUGUUACUGGGUGCUCAGUGACUCCACACAAUGAGACUAGAGUUUGUGCUGACAUCAGCAGCUCUGAACUACAGCAUUACCUGGACAGUGGAAAUAAAACAGAGGAGCUGUGCCAUUUUGACAUUGAACAAUAUGCCUGUUCAUCGCUCAUUCAUUUCACUGCGGAAAGCCUUGUCAAGCUGUUGAAAUGCAAACUGCCCAGCAACAUGACCUACUCAAAAGAAACCUGGAAGGUGUUCCUCACUAAAGCCUCUGGAGUCCUGAAUGAAGCUCUGAAUAUCUUCUCUAACAUGUCAUUCCACAUCACCAGCCCUUCCACGUCCCAUUUUCUGGAAAUACUUGGAGAAAUCAGAAUUGACAGAUUCAGUGAAGUACAGCUGGCAGAUGCAGAUUUCAUCAACAAGUGGUUCCAUGGAUAUCUAAGACCAUUUUUGUCAUCUGUGUCUGGAGAGUUUUUGCACUGUCUCAACACCAAGAACUUCAGCUGUGAGACUUACCAACAAGUGAUGAAGGAGUUCACCUUUCAGUUUCCUCGAAUGGAGCAAAUGAAGCAGGAGUUGGUGUCCGAAAACUUCAUCCUUCCUCUCUUAUCACGGACCACCUCAGAUCGUGCUUGUGUCUCCAGUACUAAUGGAAGUGUGGACUGGCUGCACAAGAACUUUGGACCAUUCUCUGUCCUUGUGCCCCUUAAAACCCUGCUGACAUUAAAUCAAGAGUUUGCCCCGUUGGAAGCCCUGCCUAUUCUCUCGGCAAGGCAGGCAGCUGAGCUUGUUGUGUUUCCUGAAACUGGACCAGCACAGAAAGUUAUCAUCAACACAGUGUUUGACCACUUGCUGGAAUCUCCAACAAAGAGGAACCUCAAUGAGUUUCUACAGUACCUUGUCAUGUUUUCAGCAACGGCAAAUAUCAGUUGUGAUUCCUACAAAGCAAUUUUCAACCGGCUUAACCAGGCAUUGUCACUGGUACCAGUUGAAUUAGUGUUAACCAUCACAUCCAGCACUGAAGCGCUAAUGGGAAUUGUUCCUCACAAUUGCCUGGCAGUGGUUUUCAGUGGAGAGUGUGACAUAACACCAGUGAAUGAGACAGUAAUCUGUGCUGGAGUGAACAGCUCUGUCCUGCAGCGCAAUAUUCGCGAUGGAUCAAUAACAGAAGUGCUCUGUAGUUUCAGCAUCGAACAGUAUGCCUGCGUUUCGCCCAUAGGUUUAACAGCACAACAUCUGGUGACAUUACUGCAAUGCAAACUGAAGAGUAAUGUUACCAGUUCAAAAGAAACCUGGAAGCUGUUUCUCACAAAGGUGUCUGGAAUACUGGAUGAAGCCCUUGACCUGUUCUCUAACAUGAUGGCCAGUUCCAGCAACCCAUCCACAUCCCAUGUCUUAGAAGUGAUUGGUGAAAUCAGAAUUGACAGCUUCAGCGCAGCAGAAUUGAGAGACCUGGAUUUCAUCGACCAGUGGUUUCAGAUGAAGCUCAAGCCAUUUUUACCAUCUGUUUCAAGAGAGUUCCUGUCCUGUCUCAGCACCAAGAAUUUCAGCUGCCAGACCUACCAAGCUGUAGUGAAGAUUCUCGGGCAACAUUAUGCAGAAAUGGACAGACACCAAAAGAUAUUGAUCUAUACUGAAUUCAUUGACAUAUUUCUAUCCCAGAAUGAUACAUCAGACCCAGGUUGUAUUUCUGGUACACAUGGGAGUGCCGAUUGGCUGGAAAGAAACUUUGGACGUUUCAUUGACUUUGCAUCUGUCAUGGAUUUCCGAAGACUACAUAUGGGCUUUUCACCGAUGGAUGCUUUGUCUCGUUUGAGCCUAAAUCAACUAUCAGAGGUUGCUUCUACUCCUGGACAGUUGAACAGCCCUGGCGAUGUCACUGAACUAAUGGGCCAUGUAAAAGCUAUUGAUCUAGCAACUUUCUUUGAUAUAGUUUCUCCAGCUAUUCAGGGUCAUGAAAAUUUGUUCCCAUCAUCAGUUCGUUCAGCAAUGCUCCAGCAGGUUUUCGACAGGGGGAACCUUUCAUCUGUCAGUGAUGCUGAGAUACUAGCCUGGCUCCAGAACAGACUCAGGCCCUUGUUGGCAAAUUUGUCAUUGAAUCAUGUGGCACCCUUCUUUACCAUUGUAAAAGAAAGACAAUGCGUCACAAGCCAACAUGCAGUUCAGCUGCUGAAUUCCAUUCGCUCUACCCUGCACAGUGAUACACAGAGAGAGGUCUACAGCCACAUACUCACUUCACUCAAAGAACCAGUUCCCCUACGUUGUUAUACAAAUGGCAGCUUCUAUUUGUUCUUGGAAAGGUCCUUCCUCAGCUUUGAGUUCCCAAAUUUAACUACGUUCAUCUCACUAAUGCCAGAAGGUCAAAGAUCAGAGUUGAUCAACUCCAUCCCGCCCUCUGACCUCAGCGCCUUUUUCAUGCGACCCAAAGUUGUUGACAACAGUGAAGGAAUCUGCACCAUUUUUAAUAACUAUGAUAGCACUCCUAACUUCCUGGAAACUCAGGGGGAUAUUCCUGAUGAUGUGAGAAGAUCAAUCUUGCCCUGUGUCUGGCCUUUAGCUCUGAGCAGUGAGAAUGAAACAGAGGUUGAUCUUUGGUUUGAGAAGAGACUGAAGUUCUACCUGACAUUCCUCACUAAGGAUCUCAUCAGCUCCACUGAGACACUAAAUGCCAAAUGUCUUCCCUUCAGGAAAAUUGUCUUUGCUCUUGGAGACAGUUACAAGUAUAACAAUGCAGAUUUUACAAGGGAAGAUGUGUAUGGCACCAUCAAGACUUAUCUCAACACUGGAACAAAACCCAAGUGUUACAAUGCUACUCAUCCACAACUGAACUCUAAAGCUUGGUUUGCCAAUUACAUUGGAAGGUUCAUAGCAUACAUUACUCUGGAUGAUCUCAACACAUUUUGUACUACAGAACAGCUUCAAGUCUUCUCUACCAACCUUGCCAAUGUGGAGCUCUUCAAUCAUUCCAGCAUUCCUGAGAAUGUCACAUCCUAUUACACGGAGCUCAUUUACUUGGAAGAUAGCAACUUUAACCCCUUGUUACUUCCAAUGCAUUUCCGAUGUGGUGCCCCAGGCUCAGCAUUUUCACAAUUAAACGCAGAUGAGAGCAUGAUCAUUCUCCACAACCUAACCCAGUCCUGCAGUGAAGUUGACCCAGAGGUAUCCACAGCUCUGGCUGGAAAUUUCCAAACCAUCACCUCGGAUAUAAUCACAGCUCUUGGAAAAGAGAGUGUUGGGCUCACACCUGGACAGAUUUCAGCAGUUCCACCAUCUGAUAUUGUAUCAUCUCUUCCAACACUGAGCACUGUGACUGACUGGAACCUGGGACAGUCAAUAACAAUAGUAAAAAAGUUGCUGAAAGCCAACUUUGCGAUUAUCACUGGUUUUCAACUACAGCAACUUGGAUCACUAGUGAUGGGUGUUCCAUCCAAUGUAAUCCAAAAUAUAGACUCCACUGAAAUUCUACUAACAUCUCAGAAUCCAGGCUUCAUCACAAACAUUCUGGCUGCCCCACAAAUCAUACAACGAACAUAUGUCAGCAAGAUUAUCAGUGUCAGCAGCACGCCAGCAAAACUACUGGAAAAUGUUCCAGAUACGAUGGGAACAGAAAUUCCACGGACACUGUUGGAGUUUUCCCCUGAAUCAUUUGAAAAAGUUAACUUGAAAAAAUGGAAAUAUGAACAGGCUGUUCUGUUCUUUGAUGUGGUGGCUACAGGUUUCACUGAGUCAAAUAGAAUGUCAACAGCUGUGUUACAAGGAUUCACAUGCACCCGGGUGCAGAAAUUCUCAAGAAUUAAAGUCAGAAAUCUUAUCAGAGCCUGCAGACGAUCGGGUGUGAACAGGGUGGUUCUAAGAGAGACGCAAUUAACCUGCAUGUACAACUAUAUCAAAGACUUUGACACAGACAGCUUCCAGCAAUAUCCACCUGAUAUGCUGCUGUAUUACAAUUACAACACUGUGCAGGGAAAGUGCAAAGCAUAUUUUACAGAAACUGGAGCUGCGGACUACUCUGUUCUAUCUGAUGCCUUAAAGGCGAAAAAAGACGCGUUGCUGGACAAUGCCAAGAGCUGCCUCGGUAUAAGAGGAACAAGCAUCAACAGAACAAAUGUGGAAAUACUGGGCAACAUGUGUUGCACACUGGACGGGUCCUACAUUGAGAACUCUGACCCCUUGAUCCUGGAGAAACUGAAGAACUGCAAAGACCUCUCUGAAGUACAGAUUGCAUCUGUGCAGAAGGUUUUGUUGACUGGAAACACUCAGUAUGGACACCCUUCAACAUGGGAUGUACAAACUUUGAAAGACCUGGGAAUUCUACCAUUGUACAUGAAAACUGACUUCUGGAGUCAAUUCAAUAGGAGAGUCAAAAAAAGAUUCCUCAAAUAUUUCAUGAAAGCACAGAGAAGAGACAGAAGAGAAAAGAGAAAAUUAAAAAGAAUGUUCAGAGAAUGUAAUAGGUCUUUACGAUCAAAACGUGCAGCAGCAAGUGACUGCACUGCAGGCAGUAUCACCCAAGUUGUCAUAAGCGAUGAUGCCUUCCCCUUUGGAUAUGAUGCCUCACAGUUCAACGCUUGUUUGAGUGUUUCAACUGUGAAAGACAAUCUGGCAGGCCUCACUAUUAAAGUGGACGACGAUGAUUUUCAAAGGAUCAUUUUGGACAAAUUGAAUCAGGCAUACCCCAAAGGCAUUGCAGAUGAGCAGGUUCAAGGUCUUGGGGCAGUUUCUCGUGUAGCCUCAAUAGAUGACAUUAACAACUGGAAUGUCACCAAUAUUGACACUCUUGAUGCUUUGAUGGUUUCAGAUGAUGGCCAGUGGGAACCAGAUAAGAGUAAGGCCAUCAUCACAAAAUACUUAAGCACUGCAGGCAACAGUCUGGGGACUGCUGAAUUGAAUGCAAUAGGAGGGGCAAACCUGUGCUCGCUUGAUACCAAUGUACUGGAAGGUAUCACUCCAAGCAGCCUGAGGAAUGCAAAUGCAUUGUCCUUGUCAAAUUGCUCUACUGAGAAACAAAAAGCCUUGUUCAUUAUUGCCAACCAAGCUUACUCAAACCGAAAUACCAUCUCAUUGACAGAGUACCAACUCAUAGAACAGUUUCUUGGUGGUGCUCCAGAGGCAUACAUAAGAAGACUGACAGCAUCCAAUGUUAGUAUGGAUAUUUCAACAUUCACAAGUUUGGAUGAAAAUGUCAUCGAUGCUCUAACAGUGAAUGAUGUAAAAUUGCUUUUGGGUGUAAACCUCCCCGAUUUGAAGAACUUUGAGAACCAGACUGUUGUUGCAAACUGGAUUUCAAAUCAAUUCAAAUCUGAAUUGAAUAGUCUUGGUUUGGAUAUCAUUGGGGGCAGAGAUGACCCAGUCCCAACAGGAGUUGGUGUUAUCAAUACCACAACAACAGCAACGGGAGGGUCAACGUCAACAUCCACAACAACAACAAGUGGUCACGAUGGAUCAACUAAAAAACCAUCUCAUGUUCUGUAUCUUUUACUCGCCUUGGCCUUCACUACCCUGCAGACACUACUGUGAUUUAUAAAUAACAUUCACUUGAACAUGACAGUUUUUUGUUCUUUACCUCUGUUACUAUAAUGAAGUAUUGUACAUAUAAAUGAGUAAUAGCAGUACAUGUUACAUAUAUUCUCUUAGUGGGUGUUAAAGAUUUUUAAAUUGUUUUUAAAUAAUAGUUUACCUUUCUUUCUCUAACCUGGCUGCUAAAUGGUGUAAAAUCAGCACUGAUUACAAAAAAAGAGUAGAAUUAAAUCAGUUUCUGCUCAGGGAACAUUUGCACACAUUGUAGCUCUGAACAAUAUUGAAGUUUCCACUAAUACUGAGGAAAGACUUGUAAUUCAACAGCGUUUCAAUGUAGAUAAAUGUUCAAAUUACAUUUUGAAUUUAAAUGCAUUUGUGUUUAUAUUAACACACAGUGAAAUGUCCAGUGUUAAUUCAGCUCUAACAGUGUUAAUUCGACACUUAACAGACAACAUUCUAGAGAGGGACCACAUGUUAUCUGUUAAUAGUUGAAUUAACAAUGUUAGAGUCGAAUUAACACUGGUCAUUUUACUGUGCAGUUCCUUUCUCAUAUAAUAAAAAAACAGUAUCAAAUAAAGAAAGCUAUAAAUUGA